AAGGAAGACCGGUGACGAUGACCACGAGAGAACCAAACCACGAGCCACGGGUGAUAGAGCAUAAUAGCACCCAACCCAAACGCCAGGCAACAAAACGACGUGAGAGAGGCAAUGCAACAGAGAGCAAGCAGAGCAAUGACUAUCAAGGGCAGGAGAGUGACAAGACACUGGAAGAAAUAUUCGUAUGUUGGCCGACAAAGCGCAAAGUUAUUUAUCAGAUUCGCGGACGAUCAUAUGAGAAAACACUUGCAGUAUUAGAAGUCAUGCCUUAUCGAGCCUGUGAACUGUGAAGGCAUUAUCAAGAUAGUACUUUCAGCAUGCAGGAGCAAAUGGUAGCGACACUUGAGUUUAAAAGCAAAGGAAGUUUAGUUAUAAGUAAAGCAGCGGUUAAUGAAGGAAGGACUAUGAAAAGGAUCAGGCCUGUGGCUCGGCGACGAGCUUGUCAAAUAGCAAUCACCGUAAGAGGUUUACCAAGGAUUCGUAGAGGAGUAUAAGAAUGUUGCGAGUACGGCAUUGUCUAUACUGUGAAAAUUCAAUUUAGUUCUGAAAAUGAAAGAUUUACCUUCAAGAUUUAUGAAGUGUGAACAAUUCUGCUACACCUCUGUUUAGCACAAAAACCAUAAGAACUUAUUUCGGUAAGAUUAAUCAAGUGAUAUGUACUAUCAUAGUAUCGUAAACACCGGAGUUGUCAAUUAAGACCCAUUGUUGUUGCCAUUAGUGCCACUAUUACCGAUGUCGUUACCUAAGGUCAUUCUCAAUGCAGCACCGUAGCUUAUUUUUCUAAACCCUAAAUUAUAUAUCAUAAAUCUUUGAUAAAUGAGUUAUUUUAUAAAAUUUAAUUUUGAUGUAUUGUUAGUGUAAAACAAUUUUACACGUACAUUUAAUUACGUAAUGUCAUAUUAUCAAAAGUAAUUACUAUUUUCAUUAAUUGUGUAAAUUGUCAUCUAAAAGAAUGCUGUGUAAAAUAUUUUACAUUAUCAGUAUAUUAAAAUUAAUUUUUUUAUAUUAGUUAUUGGUUCAAAUUAGAGUGUGGCCCACGCAAAGAUUAAUAACCCGAUUUUUCUUUUCUCAUUGACAUACUUUGCUAUCCAAUGAUAAUAUGGGAGCCAUGGUAUAUGUUGACCAUAAAUUUACAAUUAAUUAAGUAAAUUAAAGUUUGGAGCUAAAUAAUAAUAACGCGUCUCAUUGUCAUAUUUUCAUACAUCUUGUCCAGUAGUCCCUCUUUAAUUUCUUGGAAACCAGCAAAUCAACUGUCACUUUUUUGUGAAAUUAUUGUUACCUCAUUUCCUUCUAGUUCCUUCUUUUGUUCUCUCAAGAGGACUACUAGUAUUACCUAAAUUACCAUCUUCUAUGUGCUGCCUACUUCUGGCAUGAUCCAUAUCCGCAUAACUCUUUCUACCCCUGAUGAGGUGUGUCCUGUUUAGCUGGUUUCAAUGCUACACUACAAGGAAGAACCAACCUCAACAGAUUUCAAACCACCCUCAACAAUUUUCUUCAGAUUUUGGGUUCCAAUUUCAUACAUUCUCCUAUGAAGAACUUUUAAUAGCCACCAAGCAUUUUGCUUCCUCCGGGAUACUCGGAAAGGGAAGCUUUGGCAUAGUAUAUCAUGGUAAACUUCAAGAUGGGAGACAGAUUGCAGUCAAAUCCUUGCGCGAAAACAAUGACAAGAAAGUUCAACAGUUUGUCAAUGAAAUAGAAGUCUUAAGCAAAUUGAGCCAUCAAAACCUUGUCCCAUUUUAUGGCUACUGUCACCGCCAUGACCAUGAACUCAUGCUAGUAUUUGAAUUUGUUUCCAAUGGAACUCUGGCCGAUCAUCUUCAUGGAAAGCGUAAGAAACAAGGCACUCUGGUACCCUGGCAUACCAGAUUGAACAUAGCAAUUGAGGCUGCAAGUGCAUUGGCUUAUCUUCAUAAUUCAGGAAUUAUUCACCGCGACAUAAAAUCCUCCAACAUUCUUUUGGAUGAUAACUUGUGCGUUAAGGUAGCCGAUUUUGGCCUUUCGCGCACGCUUCCUUUGGUUGUUUCAACCUCAAAAGAGGCUGCUACUUUUGCUUCUCAUGCCUCAACUGCUCCACAAGGAACAAAUGGAUAUAUAGACCCUGACUAUUUUCAAUUUCACAGGGUUUGUGACAAGAGCGAUACUUAUAGCUUUGGCGUGGUUUUAGCCGAGAUUAUAUCUUCGUUGCCAGCGGUUGAUGAUACAUGGAAUCCAUAUGAGGUACCAUUACUGUCUCACCUUGCCAUGAACAAAAUCCAAAAUGAAGCAUUGCAUGAGUUGGUGGAUCCAUGCCUUGGUUUUCAACCAGACAAUGAGAUUGGAGAAUCUAUAACUGCUGUGGCUGAGUUGGCAUUUCAGUGCCUGCAAUGUCCUAAGGAACUAAGGCCAUCUAUGAAGCAGGUGCUAGAGACUCUGCAGGGUAUAAAGAAGGGAAUAUGGGGAUUUCACCAAAUAACAUAGUGUUGGUUUUUGAUUUUAUCAUUUUCAUUUAGAAGAUGUGUCUAUAAUAUUAGACAGAGGAGUGAUGUUGUCAUUCCCAAAACUGAUAAUGUUAUUUCC